AACGAACAUUCUGACCCGUCAGGCGGCCAGCCCCCAGGUCUCAGAACUGUUCCGGAGCCGCCGUGCUCCUGACAUCUGGGUGGCUCAGGUGAGUCCUGCAGCCUCGCUGGGCCUCAGUUUCCUCGACAGUAAAAUGGGGAAAUGGCCGGACUUCCCUCAUGUUCCUGCUGGGAGGCCUCUCUGAGCUAAUGCCCAGAACAGAACGGAGUUGCCCAAGGUGUGAGCUCAGGACCAUCUUGUGUCUUUCAGAGUCCUAGAAAACAAGGACUGUUGGGGAAGGCCGGCCCGCCCCGCAUGCUGGGUGGGCGUUCCCGGGGAGGCCAGGCUCUGUGGCUCCCCGGCCCCCCCUUUGCAGGCUUUUUGUUUUGUUUUGUUUGGGCACGCCCGCGGCCCAGGCUGGGAGGGUUUCCUGGACAGAGGUCCUCGAGGCAGCUGCUGGAGACACGCAGCCCUGUCCCCGGCCGCCGCUGCUCUGCUCUGACCCAGGCGCCGCACAGGCAGCAGCAUGGAGCUCUGGGGGGCCUACCUGCUUCUCUGCCUCUUCGCCCUCCUGCCCCAGGCCACCACCGAGCCCCCGUCCCAAAAGGUCAAGAAGUCCGCAAAUGUCAAGAAAGAUGUCGUGAGCCCGAAGAUGUUUGAGGAGCUCAAGAGCCAGCUGGACAGCCUGGCCCAGGAGGUGGCCCUGCUGAAGGAGCAGCAGGCCCUGCAGACGGUCUGCCUGAAGGGCACCAAGGUGCACAUGAAGUGCUUCCUGGCCUUCACCCAGGCGAAGACCUUCCACGAGGCCAGUGAGGACUGCAUCUCCCGCGGGGGCACGCUGGGCACCCCGCAGACGGGCUCGGAGAACGACGCGCUGUACGAGUACCUGCGCCAGAGCCUGGGCGGCGACGCCGAGAUCUGGCUGGGCCUCAAUGACAUGGCGGUGGAGGGCGCCUGGGUGGACAUGACCGGCGGCCACAUCACGUACAAGAACUGGGAGACGGAGAUCACGGAGCAGCCCGACGGCGGCAAGGGCGAGAACUGCGCCGCGCUGUCGGGCACGGCCAACGGCAAGUGGUUCGACAAGCGCUGCCGCGACAAGCUGCCCUACAUCUGCCAGUUUGCCAUCGUGUAGCCCCGGGGACCCGGAGGAGGGGCUGCAUGCUGCCGCUGGG